CGGUGCCAUCGUCAUGACAGUGUGGCGAAAAACAAUGGCGAAGAAACUGUGAAACUAUAAAACUCUUGUAGUUGACAUCUGGUCGAUUUUAUACAAAUUGUGCACACGCAGUUAACUAUUUAUUUUGUUGUGAUUGGUCAUAUUAAACCAAAUAGACGUUUUAGGGCAAUUAAAGUGUUUCAGACCACAAACAAGAAUACAUUUUGGAAAUCCGCUACAGUGGGACAACUGUGGCCCAAAUUAUUGGAUUCGCAAGCGGAAUCGGAAUCGCAGCGCUGACCGGAGCUGAGCUGAGCUGAGCUGACGAGGCAAACUCGAUAGAUAGGCAAAAAGUGAUAUUGGGUAUUUGUUUACACCAAGUGAUAGCCAUUUGUGGAACGGAACGGAAAGGAGUAAAGUGAUCUGAUCGAAAUGGAUAUGAUUACCAUUGGACAGAGCGUUAAAAUCAAACGCACUGAUGGGCGCGUACAUGCGGCCGUCGUGGCGAUGAUCAAUGCGUCCGGCAAGUGCAUAACAGUCGAGUGGUACGAGCGCGGCGAAACCAAAGGCAAGGAGGUGGAACUAGAGGCCAUACUCACACUGAAUCCCGAACUGACGCAGGAGGCUGUCGAGCAGCAUGCGGCCCCGGAGCCAAAGAAGCAGGCCACUGCCCCAGUGAAUCUGGCCCGCAAUCCCACACAAUCGAAUAUCUCUGGCAACCUCACCAGUCGCAUGACCAUGGUCGGCAAUCAACUGAACAAGAUACACGAGACGCACCCGACCAUCAGCUCGGGCAAUGCGAAUUCGAAUGCCACCACGGGCGGCACCACUGCAGCGUCGACCAAUUCGGGGCUGCAGCGUCCACGAUUCACACCGGCCACCGGUAGACAGCAGCAGACACGCAGUGCCACGGCGCCCAUCACAGCGUCCGCCCAAGUGGCCGCUGGUGCGCAGGCCAGCCAAUCCACAACCAAUACAGUGGUCAACAAUAGCACACAGAGCAGCAUUGGCGGUGGUGCAGGCGGUGUCGCUGGAGGUGCGCGUCGUUCGCACGCCCUCAAGGAGGUGGAGCGUCUGAAGGAGAACCGCGAGAAGCGUCGGGCACGCCAGGCCGAGCUGAAGGAGGAGCAAAAGGCACUGCAGAACCAGGACCCCGGCAAUCCCAACUGGGAGCUAGCGAAUAUGAUACGCGAAUAUCAGAAUACGUUGGAGUUUAUACCUCUGCUCGAUGGUCAGGCGGUGGACGAUCACCAGAUCACGGUCUGUGUGCGCAAGCGUCCACCCAGCCGAAAGGAGCUCAAUCGCCGUGAGGUCGAUGUCAUAUCGGUGCCCCGCAAGGACUUGAUGAUUGUCCAUGAGCCGCGCACCAAGGUCGAUCUCACCAAGUUCCUUGAACAUCACAAAUUUCGCUUUGACUACGCUUUCAACGAAUCGUGCGACAAUGCCAUGGUGUACAAAUACACAGCGAAGCCGCUGGUGAAGACUAUUUUUGAGGGAGGAAUGGCGACAUGCUUUGCCUAUGGCCAGACUGGAUCUGGCAAGACCCACACCAUGGGCGGGGAGUUUACUGGAAAAAUACAGGACUGCAAGAACGGCAUCUAUGCCAUGGCCGCCAAGGAUGUGUUCGCGACACUCAAUACACCGCGUUAUCGCACCAUGAAUCUAGUCGUUUCGGCCUCGUUCUUUGAGAUUUACAGUGGCAAGGUAUUCGAUCUGCUGGCUGAUAAGCAGAAGCUGCGCGUGCUGGAGGACGGCAACCAGCAGGUGCAGGUGGUCGGACUCACCGAGAAGGUGGUGGACAGCGUUGAGGAGGUGCUAAAGAUCAUCCAGCUGGGCAAUUUGGCACGCACCUCGGGGCAGACAUCGGCCAAUGCGAACUCAUCGCGAUCGCACGCCGUCUUCCAAAUUGUCUUGCGUCCAAUAGGCACCACAAAGAUCCAUGGCAAGUUCUCGUUCAUUGAUUUGGCGGGCAAUGAGCGGGGUGUGGACACCUCGUCGGCCGAUCGCCAGACACGCAUGGAGGGAGCGGAGAUCAAUAAGUCGCUGCUGGCACUCAAAGAGUGCAUCCGGGCAUUGGGCAAACAGUCGGCCCACUUGCCGUUCCGUGUCUCGAAGCUCACGCAGGUGCUGCGCGACUCGUUCAUUGGAGAGAAGAGCAAGACUUGCAUGAUAGCCAUGAUCUCGCCGUGCAUCAAUUCCUGUGAGCACACGCUCAACACGCUGCGCUAUGCGGACCGUGUCAAGGAGCUGGUGGCCCCCAAUGUCCAGGAGAUGGGACCCUGUGGCGAUGGCAAUGAUCCCAUGGAUGACAAUGAUAUCGAAAUCAUGGACGAUGACGAUGAGGAGGAGCAGGAGAAUAAUCCGGUGCGCAAGCCAGACAUCCGUUCACACAAUCAGCGCAAUGUUCCCAUAUCUGCGGGCAUUCAUAACAAUAAUAACAACAACAACAAGAAUGGGAAUGCCGGCAACACGGAUCUGGCACUACUAAGUUCGCUGAGCGAACACGAAAUGUCACAGGAGCUGAUCACACAGCACGAGGCCAUUGAGGAUUUGCAGCAAACUGAGGAAAUGGUUGUGGAAUUCCAUCGAUCGGUGAAUGCCACACUGGAGACCUUCCUGGGCGAAUCGAAGACGCUGUAUACUCAAACAAAUUAUGUGAACUAUGAUCAGGAGGACUAUUGCAAGCGCGGUGAAUUGAUGUUUUCCCAACUGAUGGAUAUUGCCACCCAGUGCCGUGACAUGAUGUCUGAAUAUCGCCUUAAGUUGGCCAAAGAAGAGAUGCUCUCCUGUAAAUAUAGUCCAAACAGCCAGCGCUAGAACCUUUUGACUAGCAAUAACCUCCCCCUCCCUUCCACACGAUCCACAUUUACACCAUCACCACCACCACCACCGCCCCACUACUAACAAAUUUCCGGCAACAUUUUUAAAUUGUUUUCAUCACGUCACAUCAAUGUGACCCCCCCGAAUUUUUGUCAAGAAUCACACGAAUGGCAUAACGCCUCCCCAGUCCAGGUCCCUUACCCUUUAACCCUUUCUCUGCCCGAAAGAAAAUGUGAUUGGAGAAGGCAGACUCUACUCCAAAAACAAACGUUGCAAGAAACACAGAACAGAACUGAAGGCUGCUGCGGAUGAGGUCAAAUGUGUUCCGCCUGCGCAAGGGAAAGGGCGUGGAGGACACACGCCACACACACACAGACGCACAGAUGUGCACCCACUCGCAGAAUCAAUUGUUGGUUAUUACACUUUUGUUUUGUGCGGCAGUUCAUUGUGUAGCGUUUAGCUUUAAAUAAAAUGUCCCUAUAUUGUUAAAGAAGUUCAUGAAUUCAUUAUUUGUACCCUGCAAAAGGAGACGGCGUCUCGUCUCGUCUCGUUCCAACUCAUUCGCUCAUCCCAACCAUUCAGCCGUCACGUUUCGCUCUCUCAACUCACUAACCGCCAUUCUCUUUUAAGCGGCUUUGCUCUCUCCUGAGAUGAGAGCAGUACCGGCAUUCUUACUAAGCUUUACCGUUCAUUCAAUUGAUGUUGACGUUGAAUGGAGGCGAAAGAUGAGAGAUUCUGAAAGCGGUUGACAGUUUAACAGUUAAUUAUUCCCGAACAGUAAAACCACACAAUACACACCCAACCAAGCACACACACACACACACACACACACACACCACAACACCAAGAACGAUUUAAUAAGCAAGAAAUUGUCUGUUUGGUUCUCAUUGAUUUUAUGCGAUACUUUUAUAAAUGAAAGAAAAAGACAUUUACAUACUAUAACUAAAAACUUACUAUUAUGAGAUUCCAUUUACAUUAUAAAUUAAUUACCUGAUAAAGAACUCUACAUAGUUUUUUUUUGUGUUCUUUUUGAUUGAUUGGAGAGUCCUGUCCUCUCCGUAGCGCCGCGGCACAAAUCAAUGACAUUUAACUAUUAUGGAUUAGUUGCGUAUAGUAUUUGUAAUUAUUUAAAGGCCACAAAAACUGUAUUUAAUUUGUAUUAAUUUAUUGUGAGUACUACCUACCACUCAAACUACUACUACUACUACGACAGCACCAAUACCAAUCUACCAGCGUAUUCCCACUCCCAUUCACCCUAACCUUAAUGAUAUUUAUCCUUUUUUUAUAUUUACUAUGAAUUACUAUAUAUUCAUUUUGUUUUCAAACUGAUUUAUAUUCUUUGCCUGAGAAAUAUUUAGACUAUGUUUAAUUUUCCAUUUACCCGCUGUCCUCAUUUCUGGUAUGAGUAAUUUAUAUUAUUAUUAUCAUUUUUUUUUGUAUGUGCGUGUGAAAAGAAUUUAAAAUGCACUUGAUCGCGUGGCUCAUUUGAUUUUUGAGAAAUUUGAAUUUGCAUUUCAUUUUGUACUAAUAUUUAUUGCGUAUGUUUAACUAAUUUUACACGACACGACUAAAAAGGAUAACGAAUGACGGGAAAAAAACAAAAGAAACAGGAACAUAACCAAACCACAGAGUUACAGGCACUGCCUGCACUGCUUACUUGUAGGCAAACAAACAAAAAGCAAAUCAACACGAAUGAAACACACAAAGCAAAAACACCGUAGCCUUAAAUACGCGAAACGGCACUUUAAGCAAGAGAAAAACAAAACAAAAACAUCAGAAAUGAAAAAAGUAACGAAACAAAACGAAUAAUGAACAACAAACAUACUCACUUCACGUGCGCUUGCUCCCAAAGGUUUUAUAUACAAUUUAAACAAAACCUUUUAUAUAAAGUUGUUUUUUUUUUUUCAUUAUUAUUAUUAUUAAUGGCAAUUUACUACAGAAUUCCCCUUCAACUAGAGUCGAAUGAUGACAAAUUCUUUUUGUAAUUCACCAAAUGCGAGUUUUUAAAACAUUGUUAAUACAAAUUAAACAAA